GCCGGGCCGGGGCGGCGGGAGCCGCUCUCCCUCCGCAGCGCCGGGUGCCGGCGGCAGCCGCUGCCCGCGGGCCGGGACCGCCGCCUCCCGCGGGCGCGCACAAAGCCGGAGCCGCCGCGCUGCCCAGCAGAAAUCCCUUGGAGCUUGCCCCAGGAAUGGACAGCUACCUCCGUUUCUGGAGGAGAGUAGUGCCAGCUGAAGAAGCCUUCGAGGCGAGUCGACAAGUGUGCUGAUAGCUCUGGGAAGAGCCCGGGGAAGGGGCGACCCUGCCGGCCUUCAGCCAUGCCUUUCGGGCUGAAACUGCGGCGGACCAGGCGCUACAACGUCUUGAGCAAGAACUGCUUUGUGACCAGGAUCCGUCUGCUGGACAGCAACGUGAUCGAGUGCACCCUGUCCGUGGAGAGCACGGGGCAGGAGUGCCUGGAAGCUGUCGCUCAGAGGCUGGAAUUACGCGAGACUCACUACUUCGGCCUUUGGUUUCUCAGCAAGAGCCAGCAAGACCGCUGGGUUGAACUGGAAAAGCCUCUGAAGAAGCAGCUGGACAAAUUUGCCAAUGAGCCUUUGCUUUUCUUUGGGGUAAUGUUCUAUGUGCCCAGUGUUUCCCGACUGCAGCAGGAGGUGACAAGAUAUCAGUAUUACCUACAGGUGAAAAAGGAUGUUCUUGAUGGGCGAUUGAUAUCCUCAUUCGAGCAGGGAAUUCGUCUGGCUGGUCUGGCAGUGCAAGCUGAUUUUGGAGACUAUAAUCAGUUUGAAUCUCAUGACUUCCUCCGAGAAUAUGUUUUGUUUCCUAUGGAUUGGACCCAGGAUGAAGCUGUCCUGGAGGACCUGACUCAGAAGGUUGCUCAGGAGCACCGAACUCACAGUGGCAUUACAGCAGCAGAGGCUGAGCUAAUGUACAUCAAUGAAGUGGAACGUCUGGAUGGGUUUGGACAGGAAAUUUUCCCUGUGAAGGAUAACCAUGGAAAUGACAUACACCUUGGUAUUUUCUUUAUGGGCAUCUUCAUAAAAAACAGAAUUGGAAGGACGACUGUGAUCUAUAGGUGGAAUGAUAUUGGGAAUAUUGCUCAUAACAAGUCUUCAAUUGUUCUAGAGUUGAUCAACAAAGAAGAGAAUGUACUCUUUCACACAGAUGAUCUUGAAAAUGCUAAAUAUAUUUCACGUCUCUUUGCAUCAAGACACAAGUUUUACAAACAGAAUAAAAUCUGCACAGAACAAUCAAAUUCUCCUCCCCCUAUCCGACGACGGCCAACCUGGAGUAGGUCAUCUUUGCCAAGACAACAUCCUUUUAUACUGCCUCCUAUGCAUGUCCAGUGUGGAGAACACUACACUGAAACACAUAAUUCACAAGAUAGCAUUUUCCAUGGAAAUGAAGAAACUUUCUACUGUAGGUCUCAGACCAGUUUGGAUAGGUGUCCAAUGGACUUCAGCUACUUGAAUGGUAACGGACCCAAUGGGAGUGUAUGCAGUGCCCACAGCAUGAACUCCCUUAAUCGCUCACAGAACUUCAUCCAGGCAUCUCCAAUGUCCUCAAAUCUGAGCAUCCCAGGAAGUGACAUCAUGAGAGCAGACUAUAUCCCCAGCCACAGACACAGUGCAAUCAUCGUCCCAUCUUACAGGCCAACUCCAGAUUAUGAAACUGUCAUGAGGCAAAUGAAGAGAGGGGUGAUCCAGAUGGACAGCCAAAGUCAGUCUUUGAGGAAUCUCAAUAUUGGAAACACACAUGCUUACAACCAGCCAGAGGACCUAGUUUACAGCCAGCCUGAGAUUCGAGAGAGGCACCCUUACACGAUCACCUAUGGGCCUCAUGGGGGUGGCUAUAACAAACCCGUGGCCCCAUCUGACCAGAUGAACCAUAACAAUGCUGCUCAGAAUAAGACGGCAGCCAGCGCCAUAUCCCACACAGUCAGCACCCCAGAACUGGCCAAUAUGCAGCUGCAGAGCAGCCAGAGCUACAGCACCACCCACAUGCUCAAGAACUAUCUCUUCAGGCCCCCGCCUCCCUACCCGCGCCCACGCCCCGCCACCAGCACGCCCGACCUGGCCAGCCACCGGCACAAGUACGUCAGCGGCAGCAGCCCCGACUUGGUCACUCGUAAGGUGCAGCUCUCGGUGAAAACCUUCCAGGAGGACAGCUCGCCGGUGGUGCGCCAGUCGCUGCAGGAGGUCAGCGAGCCUCUUAUGGCCGUGAAGCAUCAUGCGGCGGUGAACAAGCGCCACAGCCUGGAGGUCAUCAGCAAUAUGGUGCGCGGGAUAGAAGCCAUGGCCUUAAAAACUUUAAACGCCCCUCUGCCCCGCAGGAACACUUUGCGGGAGCAGGUGCAGCCGGAAGAGUCUGUUCAGAUGGGGCACGAAGUUCAGCAAGUCCCUAACUACCACCACAAAAAGACAUUUUCUGAUGCCACAAUGCUGAUACACAGCAGUGAAAGUGAAGAGGAAGAGGAAACACAGGAAUCUGUGUCCCGGAUAGCAGCCCUUCAUGAGAACAUGGAGUACAGUGCUCAGCUGCAAGCUGCCUUGGCUAGAAUACCAAAUAAACCUCCUCCGGAGUAUCCAGGGCCUCGUAAAAGUGUCAGCAAUGGAGCACUGAGGCAGGACCACAUUAGCAUUUCUGUGGCUGUAGCCAGGGCCAAGGCCAUGAGGCCGGGGCCUUCCAAAGCCAUCAGUGUCUCUCGAACUGAUCAAGUGGCAAUAAAUGGGUCUUCACUGGGGCCCUCUAUCUCAGAGCCUGACCUCACCAGUGUGAAGGAGCGGGUCAAGAAAGAACCAGUCAAGGAAAGGCCUGUGUCUGAAAUGUUUUCUAUUGAGGACAGCAUUAUAGAAAGAGAGAUCAUGAUGAGGAAUCUAGAAAAACAGAAGAUGGCAGGCCUGGAGGCCCAGAAGAGGCCCUUGAUGUUGGCAGCUCUGAACGGACUCUCAGUUGCUAGGGUUCCAGUGCCGGAGGACAGCCAGGAUGAAGUCACCAAGGUGCCAAUGGAUGAGAGGUGCAAAAUCUUGCAGAGGAAGCUGGAGGAGGGGAUGGUGUUUACAGAAUACGAGCAGAUUCCAAAGAAGAAGGCAGAUGGGAUCUUCACCACUGCUGCUCUGCCUGAAAACACGGAGCGUAACCGCAUCAGGGAGGUCAUUCCUUAUGAGGAGAACCGAGUGGAGCUGGUGCCGACCAAAGAAAACAAUACAGGCUACAUCAAUGCUUCACACAUAAAGGUGACUGUAGGUGGAGAGGAGUGGCACUACAUUGCUACUCAAGGGCCCCUGCCACACACGUGCCAUGACUUCUGGCAGAUGGUGUGGGAACAGGGGGUGAAUGUUAUAGCCAUGGUCACAGCUGAAGAGGAGGGAGGAAGAAGUAAGAGCCAUCGUUACUGGCCUAAACUGGGCUCUAAGCACAGCUCAGCCACUUAUGGGAAGUUCAAGGUGACAACCAAGUUCCGCACAGACUCUGGCUGCUUCGCAACUACUGGUCUGAAGGUCAAGCAUCUUCUCUCUGGACAAGAGAGGACAGUGUGGCAUUUGCAGUAUACUGACUGGCCAGACCAUGGGUGUCCAGAAGAAGUCCAAGGCUUUUUAUCUUAUUUGGAGGAGAUCCAGUCGGUGCGUCGGCACACCAACAGCGUGCUGGACAGCAGCAACACCUGCAACCCUCCCAUCGUGGUCCACUGCAGUGCAGGGGUGGGGAGGACUGGAGUGGUGAUCCUAACAGAGCUCAUGAUUGGCUGCUUGGAGCAUAAUGAAAAAAUGGACGUUCCUGCGAUGCUGAGACACCUGCGGGAGCAGAGAGUGUUUAUGAUCCAGACCAUAGCUCAGUACAAAUUUGUCUACCAAGUGCUCAUACAAUUCCUGCAAAACUCGAGACUUAUUUAAUCUUUUCAAACAUCCCAGGCCCAGCAUUGUGGAUCUGACUGAACCUUACUGAUGAACAAGAGGAACUGCCUUGACAACACUGCGUGCAUAUAUUGCACUUUUUAAAGUUGUCUUGAAAGUAAGGAAUGAUGGUUCUUUACUAGUCUCACAUGGAUUAUUUUAUACAAGAUAUAAUUUAUUUUUCUUGGAAUAACUUUUGAAUUACUUUCAUGACUCAUAAAACUUACAGUGACCUUCAAAGUGAACCACAUUUGACAUGACUGGUCUGCAUUGUAACAUGUCUGUAAGGAAAGCAAUCCUUUGUAAAGGUAGUUCGCUGGCUUUUAUUUUAUUGCACAGCUUCUGAAACCAACAGUUAUUUGGCAGUGGGCUCUUUCCAUGUAAGGACGUUCUGGACCCAGUAUGUGACCUCUCUGGUAAAAACAAGACCUGCUAGAUGUCAGCUGCAGCUCUGUGUGAGUGGAAGAUGAGGGUGCACAGCACGGAGACCUGAGCUUCUGCACAUGCAGCUGGGCAUGUUACAGAGGGCACAAGCACAGGACAUUGUGAGGACAGAGAGUUUUGGGUGCUAAACUCUUCAAAUUCCACAAGAAUUACGGUUUUAGACUUGUCCUUGAAAAAAUCAAUAUUGUAUCUUUUUAAGGAAGCCUUUUGCUGCUGUGUGCAACCCUUGAAGGGAAUCAUAAGAAGCAAUGUAGGGUGAAGUGCAGUGACCAACAACCGACUGAAGUCAGUGAAUGACUCUUUCCAAUAACUCUGGUGGUCUGAGAGUUUAACAGUGGAGGAUUUUCAACCAAACAUAUCUGGAAAAAAAGCCAAAUCAAGCACCUUCUCACAAAUUACAAUAAAGUAUUAUUACCUUGAGGCUCACCCUCUGUAGACAAGGAAUCUCAUUUAAAUUAGGCAUCUCCAGUUGCCUUAGUCUUCACGUGUGAACUAUUGUUGGAUAGUUAGAGAAGGAAUCAGGCUAGAGAGGUGCCUUGGAGGUCUCUGGACUCAGCCCCACUCACCCCACUGCUGACUUUAAACUUGGAUAGGCUUGUCCAGGGUCACAUCCGGUUUUAGAAUUCUCAAGGGUGAAGAUUUCACAGCCUCUCAGGGCACAUGAUGCAAUGCAUUUACUUAGUCAUGGUGAAAUCACCUUUCUUGAUAUCCCUUCCCCAGAUACUUCUAAUAUUUUAAUCCUCCUGUUGCUUUUCUGUUGCAUUCCCACCUCCAAACCCUGGUUGGUAUGCAAAGGCCUAAGCCUACAAGCACUCUUAAUUUCAACACUAAAGGAACUAAAAUUAGUGGGGAGGUUAAGCUAAGGUUCUGUACCAGAAUGCUUCUUGAAUGUGUUUGCAGCUGCACUGUGUUGAUUUGGUGCUCUGCAAUACAGGCCUAACAUGAUGACAAAGUCUCUGGUGAAGACUUGUAACCACCAAAAAAAAAGGAGAGGAAUUAUUUUGCUGUAAUAGCUUGACCAUGGUUUUUUUAGGGAUCAGUUGAGCUUUCAGUCAACUUCAGUUUUCCUCUAAUUUUUUUCUGCCAGUGCCAAUAUAUCUCUUGUUAAAUUAGCAGCAACCAUUUAAAGUCUUUUCAGCAGCAUCUGCAUGAUAAUUGCAGAGAGAUGCUUUAUAUCUGGGAAAAAAGCCAAGGAAUAAACCUUGGAGCAAAGUGUAUUAAAUUAGUUAUCUCGUUAUAACUUUUUGAAUAAUUUCCUAAUGAUGAAUUAAGUUUGAACUCAGAGCUGUCAAGUCCCAUUGCUCCACUUGGAUGUGAGAAGCAGAAAAUCAGGAGGGAAAAGAAUCUGUUCCUAUGUCUUAUUAUUCAGCUGCUCUUGGCUGCAAUGUGUAUUUCUGCUGCUACAGUGAGCACAGGAAAGUUAUUGCAUAAGAGAGUGUGAAGAGCUGUGUUUGAAGGGAAGAAAAUUAAGCAAAUGUUUUUUUAUGCAAAGAUGCAUCAUAGGUGUCUUAGAAAAACAUUAAUUAGAAAAAGGCACUAAAAAUCCUUUCCAAAUUAAGUCAGUGCCUAUUAAUGAGCCAAAUAAGUGGCCAUGUGGUAAGCAGUCAUUUCCAAUUAACUCCUAAUGUGGCUGGUAUGGUAGAUAGAGGCCAAUGUGAGUCACUUUUUCCUUUUCAUUGUCAAAGAAUGGUAAUUUUAAACUUUUCCUUUCAUCUGACUUCAAUGUAUUUUUCCCUGCUAGAUUUUAUCUUGACUAGAUCUGUUAAUAUCAUAAGUGAAUUGGGCUGGUGCGUGUCUUCAGAGGUUCUUUUCCACCCCAGCUUACAAGCAGUCCUGGGCAUGCUGAUGUUUUAUGGUUGAAAUGUGGUACAGUUUUGUAAGGGAAAAAAUGAACCUUCUCACUUUGAAUCUGUUGUAGUUUUAUCAGGCCAAAAUUGCUUGGGCUGUAUUUCCUAACCUUUAGGGAGUGACAGGAAAAUGCAUUUUGCAUCCAAUUUUCGUAGUCAUAGCAGGAAUGAACACAUGGGCCUUAAAGCAACAGUACUGUUUAGUUUCCAUCCCUCAGACUUAUAAACAGCAGAACCCUUGAGGAGAAAAGGACAGUUUGGAGUUGCUGUUUGUUGUGUUGCAUGUUUUUUAACAUCAAAGCGUAACAGUAGUUUGAGACUAGUUUCAUCCAUUUGGAGUAAAGUCUGGAUUGAAAAUCUCACUAUGAUUCAUCAAUGAACAGAAUUUUGACACAAGCAGUCUUCUCCCAGGGCACCCACCUUGCAGUCUGACAUGUUCAGCCUACACUCCCUGAUGCUUUCCAAGAGAGAACUUGCAACAGAUGAGUAAGUCUGGCUUCGGCAUCCGUUGUGUCUAUUUUUCUUUUAGUACACUCUUCAUCUGUAUUUUUAACUACCUUUGCCUUCUAAAUUUAAACUCUUACUGGCUAUAUAUAGUUUUGAGGUGCUGGCAUCAGCUUUUUGGUUAAAGUUAUGGUCUGAGCAUUUCAUGCUUCCCAUUGUUAGAGCAGGGAUGGGAGAGAUGACAGCUGAACUGUGAUGCUGCUCUGUGCUGUGGGGAUCCUGUUUCUGUCCUCCAUCAGUCACACUGGAGGAUGGUGGACAUCAGCUGCUCAGGUCCUACUUGUUUCAGGUCCUACUACAAACCUUUUCCUAUUUAGGCACACAGGGAUCCUAAAUGCUCAGCCUUAUCAGAAGUUCCCUAAACUAAUUUUAGCUGGCAAAAGACACAUCUCUGAGAGCUUACUCAGCCUAUUGCCAGCACAGUCCUUGAAGUAUAUUGAAGUGCAUUUCUGUUCUACUUAUUUAAAUCAGCUGCCUCAGCUACAAAUAUUAUUAAAUAUUUGCAUGAUUUCAAAAACUGGGGGUUUUAAAAUUACUUUCUUGUAAACAAACAGAAAUGCAAAUGGCAAAACAUAGACUUACUCAAUCUUUUCCAACCUAAGUGCUUCAAUAGUGCUUGUCAUUGUCAGCCAGGACAUUAUUUUUUGAUCCAAUACCUGCUAUGUCUGUGUAGUCCACAAGCAACUCUACAAGAAAUGUUGAUGGGCAAUCUUGUACUUGGAUAUAGCACAAAAAUCUGUAGGGAAAAUUCAGCAGAGCUAACUGACAAUGCUGCAUUUCCAACAGAAGACUUCCCACUGGUCUCCUGGGAGGAGAUGAUGACUGAUUUAGCUGUUGUUAGCCUCGCUAAGUUUGUGGUCUGUGUGCUCAGAGACUGGAAUCAUCAGGCUGAUCUCUGCUGUAGCAGCUCUCAUGCAUCACUGAAGGAGGUCUGAGUUAAAUUUUGCUGCUUGUCUUAGUGGAUAAAAAAAUGCUAGGGUGGCAGCCACUGCAGGUAAUAAAGGCCUGCAUCACAUUGCAGGAGCAAAUUCCUGAGCUGGCCGUGAGAGGAAGGACUGCAUGAAAACAGCCUUUGACCACCCUUCUACUAAAUGAAUAUAAAACUGCUGAUGUGUUGAGUUUGGGAUAGGUUUUGAUGCCAGUGAGAAAGGCUACAAGUCCAGAACCCCAAAAGCAAUUAUCCCCAACUCACUCUCAGCCUUCUAGAGUGGUUUUCUUGUAGUAGGAGCUGGUGCUAAGGGAGCUAUAGAUGCCAUCUAAGUCUUUAGAGAGAAGGACAUUGUACAUGCAGCUGCUUCCAGGGAUUGGGGAUUUGAGGAAGGGAACAGAUGGCUGUGGGGCAAAAAAAGGUGGAGGUAUUAACCAUAAAUAACCUAUUGUUAGAUUGUGGGACAAAACAGUGCACAGGUUAAAAAAUAGCAGUGUUUAUAUAAAAUUUAAAGUAAAUAAAUUUAGUCAGUGUUUUUGGAGUAUUUUAUAUAACAGUUCCAUUGGUUUCUCUCAGCUGUUUUUUGGCUGGCAUUUCUUUGAAGUUUUGUUGCCUGUGCUUUCUGUGCACACUCACCGAGAGUUUCCCACAUGCUUUAACCACAGGACUUUGCCUUUGGAGAAUGAACUGGAAAUCACUGAAAAUAGGAGAUUCCAUUGGAGAAUUUCAGCACUAUAUAACAGCAAGGGAAGGACUGCCAUUGAUUCUCAGUGGUCGGACAGUCAGUUCCAGGUAUUUCAGGGGUAGUGUUCCUUGAUUAGGCAGGGAGGCAGAAAAGGAAUGCUUCCAUCUGUUUCCAUGUCAGGUUGGGGGGCACCUCCUGACUUAGACAGUGGCUGGUAGUUGAGGAAGAAAUAUGGAUGUGUCUAGAAAAGGGUGCUCAGCCCCUCUGGUGUACCUGUCAGCCAGUCCUUUAGGGGCUUCCUGAGGCCAAAGCUGUAUCCUGCUCACUGUGGGUAGUACCUCUUGAUGGAUCCAUCUUCCAUGAAUCACACUACCUUCUCUUUAGAAGCCAUUUAUUCCUCUGGCCUUUACAAUGUCCUGUGCUGGUGAGUUCCAUUACUUAUAGAUGUAAUGUAUAAGAACUUCUUUUUUGUAUACAUUAAAUAAAAGUAUUUUCUUGCUUCUGCUUGGUCUUUAAAAGCAAGCAAAUCUGUAGUGCCAGAAACAUUGGUAAGAGGAUGUUUAUCCUGUUGAGGUUGCUCCACAUGGAUAUUUUCCUCACUAGUAAAGUACCUUUCUUUGGUUAUUUUACAAAGGAAAAAGUUUACACAUGCAGAUGACUGUAAUAUUCUCAUAUGUUAUUGUGUGGAAUGUGGUAAAUGAGACAACAUGUUUAAGUUUUACGUCACUGGAUUUUACUGUCCUGUUUUACUACAGUAUUGUGAUGCCUCUGGUUUUAUUUGUUCUGUUAUUCUGUACCUGACAGUUUAGCACAAAACAAUGAUCUGACUCUCACCACCUCAUUGUAUGUACACAUUUUGUAGAAAAAUGAGACAUCAGUUAUGUGCCCUUCCUGCCCCCAAUCCCUCCUGUUAGGGCUGAAUGGCAGAAUUAUUCUAUGCUAUUGAAAACCUUUAAAAAAAAAAUCUAUGCAUGCUAUUUUAUAUUCUAAUGUAUUAUUCAUAUCAGUACAUAAGCUUAUGCUUGUCAGUUUUAUCUUGUGUAUAGAACUGAUUACUUUUGACAGUAUUUUUGCACUGUUUCUUUUCUUUCUCUUUUUAUUAUAAAAAGUUCUAUCAGCAUUAAUUGACUGCAAUAAUUUUUUUACCCCUUUCACUGCCUUUGUGUAAAUAGUUUCUUAUAUGCUUUUGCAAAUGUGAGAAUGUCUUCAGUCACUAAGGUUUUUUUGGCAAGGCUGUCCCUCAUAUUCACAGUAUACAAUAAACCAUUUUUUUCAAGGAAAACAA